CUCGGGUCCAUCCUUUCAACGGAUAAAAACCCCUUCUGGACUCGUCUUCUUCUUCUCGCUGCUGAAUCUUAACCCGACCCGAAUUCCGACUGCAAUUUCCCCAAAUCCUUGUCCCUUUUUCCAAAAUGGCUCCUACGAAUCCUGAAACCUGGACCCAUGGACCCUCCAUUAUCAAGGAGAACGAACUUCGAGAGGUGGCCGCGCUCCUGGGCAAGGGCUUCCGGGUCCACCAUCCCGAUGCUGUUGGGGGAAUCAGUUUAUCCUACAAUCCAAACCCCCAAAAAUAUAUGGUCAUGCAGUACCACUCUGUGGAAAAUGGGUUUAGGUUGCCCCUCCGCGGUCUGCUUCGCGACCUCUGCCUCCAUUUCGGAUUUGCUCCGGGUCAACUGACUGCCAACGCGCACAAGUAUGUCGCGUCCUACAUCCUGCGGUGCUGUGCCCUGGACAGAACCCCAAAAUUGGAUGAGUUCCUUCUCCUCUUCAGUAUCGGUGGUUUCCCCUUCUACAGCCUAUAUCCCCACAACCAUUUCCCAAUUUUUGAGAAGGUUGAGUUCAAGUAUGAAAAAUGGUCAUUGAGAUACUUCGUUAUUGAGUUCCCGGCUCACAGCCCCCUUGAUCUACCGGGUGUUGUCCUCCGCCGUUCCAUUUCCCGGACGAAAUUUGCUGCAGCAGAAUUAGCGGAGGGAGCGUUCAACGCCUCGAGAGAAAAAGAAGGUCUAAUUUCACACCACUCCCUUCAAGACGCCCAACUGUACAAGAAGGCGGGUUUUUACUACCCCCUGGGUCCUGACCCGUUUCCAUUUGAAGGUGUGCCUUCUCCUGAGGGAUCGAAGGCUCCUUCUGCUGCAGAGUCCAACCCGGCUAUGAGUUCUACCGGGAAUCAACCCCAGGGCGAUUCCACUGCCUUGGCUAUUUGCAAGCCGGUUGCUGCACUGGAGGCCGUUCCUAUCUCUACCAUUCCUGGGCUCAGGAGGCCCAUCCCAUCCCAAAAACAACCUAGGGAAGGAGUUACUGACGAUGAUUUCCUUCCCAAGAAGCAUAGGGGUGAUGGUACUUCUGUUUCACCCAGCCCCCUGUCAACUUUUUCUGGUACUCAGAAUACCACCUCUGCUGCUGCACCCGGAGGUUUAGAGCUACCUCAUCCGGAGAGCCUGGAUCAUGAGGCAGAUGAACUUUCAGACCCAGCACCACUAAAAAAACCAGCGGUGCAGCCUCAGCCCGAUGCAAACAAUUCCCUCCCUCAAACUGCACUUGCCCCCCAAGAGCUGGAGAUAGAAGUUGAGGAGCAGGAAGAACCUGCAGGGUCUUCUUUUGCAGCAGAGGUGGAGAUUGAAAUUCAGAAAGUGCCGGACGCCCCUUCCACAGCGGAGAAGGAAGCUGCAGAGCAAAACGAUGCCGAGGUUCCUCCAGAGAUGAGGAGAGAGACUGAGACGCAGCAGAAUCAGGAGGAGCAGCGGGACCAGGAGGAACGAUGUCCCGCCACCACACCUUCGGCCGUCAGUCUCCCCAUCCGGCGCAAGUUCACGCCGCAAACUUAUCCUGUUUUUACAAAGGGUUGGGCAAGCUUCUCCCGUGGUUUGAGGUCCUUACAGGCUUCCCAUUGGACUAUCCAGACAAACUUGGAGAAGAUGAGGGAAUCAGUGCAGGAGCCUGCGAUUCCCCAGGCUCGUCCCGACUUGCUUGACCUCAACGCUCUGCACUUCAUGGAGCAAGCCCAGCAAUCACUCCUCACUUUGACUGAGGAGUACCUGGGUGGAGCAUCAGGGAACUACCGGGGUGUAGUGCUCCUGAAGGAGAAGGAGUUGGCUGCCAGGGCUUUACAACAGAAGGAGCAGAUCGCUUCUUACAAAAGGGGGACUCAUGAUAUGGAAGCGCAAUUUGACAGACUCCGGGCACAAAUCUCCACCCUGGAAUCAAGGGCCUCCGCUUCAGAAGACAAGGUGGGAAAUCUAGAAGCUGGAUUGGUUGAAAAGGAGUCCCGGAUCUCUGAGCUGGAGAAUUCCCUCCAAGAGGCCAAGCAUGAGAGUUCCCGUUUCAAUGAAUUCGCACUGAAACAGAUGGAAGCGAGACGACUUAUCCAUGAAAUUAAAGGAAGAGAGACAGACUGCAAGGUCGUCUUUAUUGAUCUUACUAUUUCCGAUUCUUCUUGUGAUUCUUCUUCGUUGGCAUUCCCUUCACUUGGGCCCCCAACGCCUGAGCUCUCUUCUUGGACUUCUCUUGCCUCUGAACAAUCGGUAACUUCUCCCUUGCCCAGGGACGAGAAUAACCCUCAUCUCCCCCCACAGGUUUCAGGGGGUGUUCCUCCGAGUCCCGGCAUGCUUCUUAACGGUGCCAGGGCGGAAGCCUCUUCUGGCCGUCCUGGCACGCCUCGUUCGCAGAAGAGACGCACUCCCCACUCAGGAGCUUCCCGGUUGGUCUCUGGUGCGAGGCCUUCUUCCCAGGGUUCUCCUUCCCCUCAGCAGUCAUAUGGACAGCCAUCUGAGGAGUGGGGCGACUAUGACAUGGGGGGAAAUAGGCUCCCAUUUAUACGCAGGGAAAAGGACGGAUCCUUCCGGGAUCCGCCCCCUCCUCCCGUAUAAGCGGAGAUAGGCCUGGAGUCCCUCCUUCAUGCCUCAUCGUCCUCCUUGUCCGUCUUCAUGGGAGUGUCUGCAUGGUACUCACGGGGAAAUGGCUUUCAAUCCCAACCCGUUAGUACCCUUUCGCCCCUUUUGAAUGUCAUCAAGAGAGAACGGUGGGCUUUCUUCACACCCCCCCGCUCUGGGGUUCUUUUCUGGUUC